AGUAGAAAUGCCACCAGACUCUGACAAUCUACCUCAUUAAGAGAGGAAGAGGAGCUGAACAGAGAGGGGGAGAAGAAAAAAGGUCUUGAAGGGAAAGAGAUCAUGAUAAAACUGAACCUGGGUCGAUCCACUCGCUCCAUCUAUCUGGGUCUGGCAUUUCUGUCCCUCGUUCUCCACCUCCUUCUGGCAUGUUUUUGUCUCUCUAUCCUCCAGACAGCCUGCGUCCUUCCCACCUCUUCCUCUUCUUCCAUUCCAAAAACAAAUAUUCAACACCAUCAGUCUAUCUCCCAGUCCUCCUCUUCUCCAGCUGCCUCCUCCUCACAUAAACUGCCAACAAUCCCACAGAAUGAAGAGCAACACAAACUGAAUAACAGACCCGUACACCUUAAAGACAAGCACUCAUUCAGUGAUGCCACUGAGAGAGAAAAGAAACUGAUAGGAGCUGGAAAAGUGAUUCAAAAGGACAAAGGUCAUUCGAAGCUCGAGGCACUGUUCGAGCACCCUUUGUACAACCUGCCACGCCCAGAGCUGCGAGAAGAUGACUGGCUGCUGAGGGUGAAGGCAAAUGAACAUGCAAGGGAUGCAGGAAGUGAUGAAGAGGAGAGGGAAGAGCCCAUCAACAGUGACAGUCAGUGGCAGAGUUCCAGUCAGGAGGGAGGCUACGACAGAGUCACUUGGACGAGCGACGUGGAGACACACCCUCCCUGGCUUCGGUUCCACCUAGGCAUCUCACGCUGGGAGCUGUACAACAGGAAGGAUCCCGACCUGGCCCAGCUGACUCACUACUUGGCGACGCAGCGUAUCCUCGGUGCUGUUCAGAAGACAGGAGGGACCCAGCUCAAACUGCUCAUGUCGUUCCCAAACUACGGACAAGCUCUGCUGAAACCCAUGAAACAAUCCAGAGAUGCCGAGACGGACGUAAACCUUUUCUACUUCUCUGACUUUGAAAGACACAACGCAGAGAUCGCUGCCUUUCAUCUCGACAGACUGUUGGGCUUCAACAGGAUUCCUCCAGUGGUCGGUCGACUCAUCAAUGUCACCACAGAGAUCAGAGAGAUCACCACUGACCACAGGCUUUCUAGGACUUUCUUCACUUCCCCCGUGGGGAACGUGUGUUUCUAUGGCCAGUGCGAGUACUACUGUUCGUCAGAGCACCCGGUGUGCGGUCACCCACAUGCACUGGAGGUUUCCCUGGCUGCCAUGCUACCUGACCUCACCCUAGCUGCCCGCAGGUCCUGGAGGUCACCGUGGAGACGCGCCUACAGUCGCACCAAACUAGCACAGUGGGAGACGGACCCGGCCUACUGUGACACAGUGAAACAAACGCCUCCUUACAACCACGGCACCAGACUGGUGGAUCUCAUAGACAUGGCUGUGCUGGACUUCCUCAUGAGCAACAUGGACAGACAUCACUAUGAGACGUUUGAGAAGUUUGGCAAUGAGACUUUUCUGCUUCAUCUUGACAACGGGCGAGCGUUUGGGCGUCACUCUCGUGAUGAGCCGUCCAUUCUGGCUCCUUUGCAGCAGUGCUGCAGGAUCCGUCGCUCUACCUUCCUCCGGUUGCGCCUCUUGUCCCUCCCUGGCUUCCGUCUGAGUGAUGUCAUGCGGGACUCGCUGCUCCAGGAUCCUCUGGCAGGCGUGAACCCGCUCCUCUCUGAAUCACACCUCUCCGCUUUAGACCGACGCCUUGCAACCGUCCUGCAGGUGGUGCAGUCCUGUCAGCAUCACCACAAAGACGUCAUCUACAACGACUUGGUGGGAUACGACGAAGACCACGAUCGAUGGACUGGCUGAGGAAAAUAAAUAAAGUUUAUUGGUGUCGAAA